AUGACGCCUUGCCCUAAGAAGCCGGCGUCCUCAAGCAGCAGAGAUGAAUGCAACAGCCACAGCAACAGCAGCAGCAAAACUAGCAGUAUAAGCAACAGCAGAAGCAGCAGCAGAAGCAGCAGCAAGAGUAGCAGCUGCAGCGGUAGCUGCACAGACGUGCGCCUACAGGGAAGCAAGCCCUGUCGUUCGGUUGCUGCAGCCUUGGAGUCUGCUUCAAACAGCAGCAGCAGCAGCAGCUGCAGCAGCAGCAGCUGCAGCAGCAGCAGCAGCAACAACAAUGGAGCACAAGACGUGCAGCUGUCUCGAUUGCGCUCACAUAUGAAAUUUGAGUUGGGGGGCCGCUACACUGGAGGCUGUUUGCUGCUGCUGCCUCACCAAGAGCGCCACCCUUGCAGUAGCAACAGCAACAGCAACAGCAGCAGCAGCAGCAGCAGCAGCAGGGAGCCUGUUACUGGUGGAGGGUUGCCGAGUGCGGAGUCAGAGGAAGUGCUGCAGCUUGCUGCAGCACCUGGAGCGGCAGCAGCGAGCCCUGCUGCUGUUGCUGCUGCUGCUGCGUUGUCUGCUGCUGCGCGUGCUGCACCGCUGUUGAACUCAGGUGAGUGGCAGCAGCAGCAGCAGCUGCUGCUGCUGCAGCAGAAAGGUUUGCUCCUUAGAGACGGUGACGGGUUCUAUUGCUCGGAGCGGUGUAUUCGCAGCAUCGGCAGCAGCAGAAGCAGCAGCAGCAGCAGCAGCAACAGCAGCACGGAUGCGAGUUGGAGUGACAGCACAGAUAUCAGCCUCGGCGAGAGCGACAGCAGCAGCAUUAGUUCAAGCAGCAGCAGCAGCAGAAGCAGCAGCAGCUAUGAUGGAGACGCAGACGAUACGCUCAGAGCAGUUUCGCUCCGCAGCAGCAGCAGCGGCAGCAGCAGCAGCAGCGGCAGCAACAGCAGCAGCUACUGCAGCAGCUGCGUGGCAGCGGGGGUUGCUGCAUUGGCCCAGACAGUUGCAACUGCAGCUACAGCAGCUGCUGCUGUCGUGCGUUCAGAGAAGAGCUGCAGCAACAGCAACGCCGAGCCGCAGCAAGCGCAGCAGCAGCAGGAGCACCAGCAGCAAAAUGUGCUGCUGCAUGCAUUUGGCGGCCAGUGGGCUGCAGGGCUGCGCUGCGGCUUGGGCAUGGACGUGCAGCAGCUGCAGCUGCAGCAGCAGCAGCAUGCUGCUGCUGCUGGUGCUCUGCUGCUUCGUUGUGGCUUGUGGAGUGAAGACCGUCUGAAGGGCUGGGGCAUCCACCUCAGGCUUCAGCAGCAAGCUGCCAGCAGCAGCAGCAGCAGCGGCAGCAGCAACAGCUGCUGCAGCAACAGCGUCAACAGCUGCCCCUACUGCUGCUGCAGCUCUGCUGCUUCGAUUGUGCUGGGGGAGGUUUCCGAGGGGCAUAUUUCGCCUGGACCUCUCGUGGUUGCUUGCGGCUGCUGCGUCUUCUUUGGGUCGGCCGUCGCCGGCAGCAGCAACAGCAGCAACAACAGCAACAGCAGCAGCAGCAGCAGAAAUAGCACGCCUGGCGACGGCAGCAGCUGCCCUGCUGCAGCAACACUUGAGGGCAUCUGGAUUGGUGUCUGCAGCAGCAACAAUUGCUGCAGCUGCAGCAGCAGCAGCAGCACCCGCAACAAGGUUGCAGUUAGGUUGCUCUCUAAUGUGCGCAUUCCAACGAACAACAGCAACAACAGCAGCAGCAGCAGCAACUGCAGCAGCAGCGAUGAGUCUGUACGCAGCUUCGAGGGGCUCUUGCCUCUGCCUGCAUGGGCCACAGACAGCAGCAGCAGCUGCAGCAGCAGCAACAGCAGCAGUAUCAGCUGCUGCAGUAGCAGAAGUGGCAAAGAUGGCAAAUGCGGCCGGCGUACUGCCCCACUGCUGCAGCUGCUACAGCUGCUGCAGCAGUCGCUCGUUGCUGCUGCUGGCUUGCAGCAGCAGCAGCAGCAGCAGCAGCAAGGCAGCGAUGUCUGCAGCUUGGAGUCUCAGCGUAGCACUGCUGUCUUCAUUAGCGAGGCUACGCAUGCUGCUGCUCUCUUCAGCAGCAUGUUUUCAGGCAGGCGGCGGCAGCAGCAGCAGCAGCAACAGCAGCAGCAGCAGCAAGAGCAGCAGCGGCAGCAGCAGCAGCAGGAGCUGGCACGACAGCAGCACGAGCUGCUGCGACGCAUACAGGAAGAGCAGCGCCAGCAGCAGCUGCAGCUUAUGCUUGAAGAAGAAGAAGCACAGCGGCAGCUGCAGCAAUACGCUGGGGGGGCCGACUGGGAAGGCGGCUCUGCUGCUGCUCUUGCUGCUGCUGCUGCUGCAGCAGGUGCUCACACUACAGUUAGCAGCGAGACACUUGCUGCUGCAGCCACUACUGCUGCUGCUGCUGCUGCACGUGCGAACGCUAAGGCUGCAGCAGCGGGUGCUGCCUACCAGGCAACAUAUGCAGCAAGAGCAGCAGCAGCAGCAGCAGCAGCAGCAGCAGAAGUGCCUGCGGCGAGAAACGGAGCUGCAGCAAAUGCUGCUGCUGUUGAUGCUGCUGACAGCAGCGACUACUCAUGGUCAGACAUUGAAAAUGCACUCGAGGACUCAGCAGCAGCAGCAGCAGCACCAGCACCAGCAGCAGCAGCGGCAGCAACAGCAACGGCAACAGCAGCGGCUGCAGCAGCAAGUGCAGCUACUGAAUCCCCGACAGCAACGGAGAACGUCGAGGUUGUUGAAGCAGCAGCAGCAGCGACAGCAGCAGCAGCAGCAGCAACAGCAGCAGCAGCAGCGCGGGCAACAGCGGCAGCAGCGGCAGGCGAUUUAGGGGCAGUAGGGGGCGCAGCAGCCGAUGCAACAAGUGCUCUCAAAAGAGCAGCAGCUGCUGCUGCUGCUGCUACUGCAGAGCAGCCACAGGCAGAAUCCGAGCCUUGUGCUGCUGCUUGCAGCAGCAACAGGCCAGCAGCAGCUGCUGCUGCCGCUGAAGUUCGACAGCGAGAAAGCAGGGAGCAGCAGCAGCAGCAUCACGGUCCCGAGGCAGCAUUUGACGUGUUGCAGCAGCAGCAGGAGCAGCUGCAUGUGCUGCAGCAGCAGCAGCAGCAGCAGCUGCAGCAGCUGCAGCACCUGGUGCAGGCGCGGUCAGCAGGGGGGGGUGAGCUGCGGCAGCAGCAGCUCGAGUCGCUGCAGCGCUUUGCUGAGCAGCAGCAGCAGCUGUUGCAGCAGUUACAAGAGGAGCAGCAGCGCCUGCAGCAGCAAGCUGCGGAGGAAGAGAGGAGGCGAGAAGAACAUCUGCAGCAGCAGCUGCUGCAGCAGAUGCAGCAGCAGCAGCUACAGCGGGAACGCCAAAACAGAGAGCAGCAGGCUCUUGAGUCGGGGCUGCAUGCUUUUUUCUUUUCUUCUGAAGAAGAAGCAUCGGACCGCGAGAACAGCAGCAGCAGCAGCAGCAGCAGCAGGGGCAACAGCAGUAGUGGCAACAGCAGCAGCAGCAGCAGCAAUAGCAGCACGAGAAGUAUAGCUCCCACGGCGGCUCGUGUAGCUGAAGACGUGGGGAGCGAAGAGAGCAUGUGCUAUUUGCUGCGGCAGCAGCAGUGGCAGCAGCAGCAGCUGCAGCAGCAGUUACUACAGCAGCAGCAACUGCAGCAGCAGCAACUACAGCAGCAGCAAUCACAGUGGGUACGUAGCGGCCUCUGUCUUUCUGCUGUUCCUGCUGCAGCUUGCAGCAUAAGGGAGAGUGUUUCAUUCUCUGCUGUAGCAGCAAAAGCUGAAGCACCAGCACGAGCAGCAGCAGCAGCAGCAGCAGCAGCAGCGGCAGCGGCAGCAGGAACAGCUUCGCGCAGCACGCACAGCAGCACUCGCAGCAGCAAGAGCAGCAACCACAGCAGCAACCCUAUCAUUCUGCCCUUACCUGGGUGGGGCGAUGCCGAUUUGCCUCUAGACGCCGUUGACGCAGCAGCAGCAGCAAACGCUGCUGCUGCUGCUGCUGCAGCUGCACCAGAACCUGCCACUUGUGCUGCUGCUAUACAUACGCAGGUAGACCUGCUACCUGAGUUCGCCCCAGUUGCUGCUGCGCCUCUUUCUGCUGCUGCUGCUGCUGCUGCUACUGCCAGAACGCCCAGCGAAACGGGUAGCAUCAGCAGCAACACAGCAGGCAGCAGCAACACAGCAGGCAGCAGCAACACAGCAGGGACCAGCAGCAGCAGCAGCAGCGAGCGCAGCCGCACUGUGAAGAGAGGGAAGAGCGGUGCAGGGAGGGGAUUGCUGCAGCUGUUGCCGUUGUGGAGCAGCAGUAGCAGCAGCAGCAACCAACUCCCGCCGUCUAACGUAGACCUUGACGUGGAGCUACCGUCUGCAGCAGAUGAACAGCAGCAGCAAGAGCAGCAACAGCAGGAGCAGCAGCAGGAGGGCUUCAUGGGGGCAGCAGCUGGGUUGCUGCAGCACGCGCAGCAGCAGAUGCUUCGCGGAGCAGCGCCUGGCAGCGCAGCGUUAGCUGCUGCUGCUGCUGCAUUCGAGCGGCACAAUGCAGCAGCAGCAGCAGAUGCAGAUAGUGACAGCUUCGUAAUCUCUUGGGGAGCAGCCCUUCCUCCAGAGGCAGCAGCAGCCCUGCAGCUUCAGCAGCAGCAGCAGCAACAGCAGCAACGCGAGCAGCAGCAGCAGCAGCAACGGAGCUGGCAGGCAGCACCUUGUGGCGUGGAGAAGCAGCUGCAGCAAAUCCAGCUGCGCAGGGCAUUGAUGCUGCAGCAGAAGUUAGGGAGCCACGAACAGGAGAAACAGCAGCAGCAGCAUCAGCAGCCUCUAAAGCAGUCUUUCUUCGUGGGCUCUUGCAGCAAGAGCAGCACAAGCGGCAACAGUCAAGGAGACAGCUGCAGCAACAACUUCAGCAGCAACAGCAGCAGCAACAGCAGCAGCAGCGGCAAGAGCAGCGACGAUGUUGUUGGAGGUGCAAGCCCGCUUGAAGUUGGUGCAGGCAGUUCGUGGCAGCAGCAACAGCCGGCGCAGCAGCAGCAGCAGCAAGAGCAACAGCAGCAGCAACAGCAGACGCAGAACCAGCUCGAGCUGCUGCACCAGCAGCAAGAGAAGCUGGAAGAUGCAGGAGACUCCCUGGUUGCUGCACUGACACCGGAAACUUGUGAGGGGCCCACGACCCAGCAGCAGCCGCCGCAGCAGCAGCAGGAGGCGCAGCAGCAGCAGAUGCCGCAGCAGCAGAUGCAGCAGCAGCAGCAACUUAUGAAGGGCGGGCAGCCGCAGCAACAAUUGCAGCAACAGGAGCAGCAGACGAUGCAUACUCAACAUCCACAGCUGCAUGAGGAGGGGUUCAAACUCCAGCAGCAGCAGCAGCAGCGCUUGGAGGUCGUGCAGCAGCAACAGCAGAUUGCUAGCAACGAGCAGCCGCGGCACUUAUCUCGCCAGCAGCAGCAGCAGGGGGAGGAGCAGCAGCAGCAGCAAAAGCCGCAGCAGGAAGCUUGCGAGGAUCCCGAGCUGCAAGAGGCGCUUUGGCGGAAUGCUGCAGUUGCUGCAGAGCAGCAGCAGCCCUUUCGGCUUCCCCUGCAGCAGCAGCAGCAGCAGCAGCAGCAGGAGACGCAGCAGCAGGAGACGCAGCCAUUGAGUCUGCUGCUGAGUAGUGUGCGUACUGCACCUCCUUGGAGCAGUUUCAUCGACGCAGCAAUUAAAAGGGUCUCUGCUGCCUCCUCAGCUGCAGCAGCAGCAGCAGCAGCAGCUGCUGCUGCUGCUGCUAACAGCACCCCGUCGGACUGGAGACGUACAAGAGGGCAGAGAGCAGCAGCUGCUCUCUUUGCUGCUGCAGCAGAAGGAGGUGUCUUCCCAGCAGCAAAGCCUAAAGUCUUUCAUCGAGGCUCUCCCCCACCUGUAACUUCCAACUCUGCUGCUGCUGCUGCUGCUGCUGCUGCUGCUGCUGGUUUCGGGGUUGAGGAGGUGCAUGAGCCGGAGCGUACACGUUCUGCUGCUUCUUCCGCAGCAGCAAAUGAUGCUGCAGCGGCGAUUAAAGAUAAACCUCAAGAACGCCUCCUAAGGCCUACUACACCCCACGAGGGAGAGGAGCAGCAGCAGCAGCAGCAGCAGUUGCAGCAGCAGUUGCAGCAACAGCAGCGGCAACAACAGCUGGAGCUGCGGCAGCAGCAAAUUCACGGCGUUGCAGACUUGCGGCAGCAACGGAGAGGCAGCAAGCAGCACAACCACUCCCUCUACGAGCAGCAGCAGCUCAUGCUGCUGGAGCAGCAAGCGCUGCAGCAGCAUCUGGUAGGAAGCCAGCAGCUGCGGCAGCGGCAGCAGCAGCGACGCAACUCCACACUGCAGCGAGUUGAAGACGUCUGGAGUGUUGCUGACCUCAAGAAGAUCAUUGGCUUGCUGCUACCUCAGCAGCAGCAGCAGCAGCAGCAACAGCAGCCCACGGAGCAGCACCAGCAGCAACAGCAGCAGAACGUACGCAAAAAGAAGGGCCGCAGAAACAGGAAGCAGCAGCAGCAACAGCAGCAGCAGCAGCAACAGCAGCAGCAGCAAACGGACGAGAUAUCCGAGCUGUGGCUGCAGCAAUUGGGGGUGCGGGGAGUUAGCGAAAGACUUAUGCUGCUGCUCUUUUUCACCUUCCUUUUGGAUAUAGAUGUGGCCUUCUCUCACCAACAGCAGCAGCAGCAGCAACAGAAGCAGCAACAGAAGCAACAGCAACAGCACCAAACGGUCCGGCUGCAUCACAGCAGCAGCAGCAGACCGUUCUCUCUAUUGUUCAUGCAGGCCUGUACCAAGGCCUGCGCGGAGCGGCAGCAGCAACAGCUGCAGCAACAGCAGUAG